UUUUAGAAACAUGAAUCGAAGGAAUGUUAAGCCCCAAAACCGAUUUUGUUUCUUAUGUGGCUAAAAGUUGACUUACUGGUUAUUGGGAAAUGUUUUUUUUUUCCUUUACAGAACUUGGAUAAUAUAUGGGAAUAUCUACAUACUCAACAUCUAUAUACACAUAUAGGAUAGGGGAGGAAUGUAAUAGCAAUUCAGGAUGAUUGUACAAGAGGAAAAAAAAAACAGGUUGUAAGUGGAGACUGCUUAGUUUAACACCUUGAGGGAAAAUACCUUAAUCUGAAAGCAUAAAAUCAACCUGCUUUAAAGAGAGAAGGGUGGUGAGCUAGGCAAGAGCAAAUAGUUGAAAGUAGAUGCAGUUGGAUAGAAAUUACCAUGUAGAAGCCUCUUCAGAGCAAGGCAAGGCUAUGUGUUUAUUGAAACAGUGAGAAAUACUUCUGAUGUUAUUCUGGAAAUGCCAUCACCUGUUCUUGGAAGAGCUUAUCAAAAGGUGCAGGAGAAUACAUGGGAAUACAUGGAUUGAAAAACAGCCAACGUGAGAUACAGGGAAAGUUUAUGCAAUGGCAAUAAAACAAGAGUGAAGGAAAACUGUCCUUCAGGGCAUCCUGAGACAACGCCUCUUUCAUUUAUUCUUACUUGAAAACCAUGCUUGGAGACAUGCAGUAGGAAGGAGGUUUGAGCUUUAGAAAACAGCAACAUAUCUGCUAAUGGGAAAGUAUACAAGAGUUGUGACUAUUUCUGCAUUGACAUUCAUAUCUCAGGUUCCUUGUGUGCAAAUGCAGAAGAGCUGCACAAAUGCUGACAACUGUGCAGACACAGAAUGGGUGCAGCUCUGGUACAUCUGGCUUGUCAUCGCAAUUUGUGGACUCUUCCUCUUCUGUGGCAUCGUCUGCCUCUGUGUGCGGUGUUGCUGUCUUAAGUGCUACCAUGCAAGAGAAGAAACAAGUCACCCACCCUAUGAGGUCACAGUCAUUGCAUUUGAUCGAGACAGCAGCACCCUUCAAAGCACCAUCACUUCCCUCCAUUCAGUGCUUAGCCCUGCUGCUCUGAGAAUACUAGCAGUAGCUCAUGCCCAAAGUGCUGGGCAAGCAAGAUCUCAACCUGCUGGGACAGAGACACCACCAGUUUAUGAAGAGGCCAUCCACAUGAAUAGAUUCACUGUGUCCAGAAGCAGAGAAAGACCCCCUGAUCUUCAGCCAGUGCCAGAGGAGAAGCAGACAACUAAUGUGGAAAGAAAAGAAGUAUAAACAGUAUGUCCAUGAAACUGCAUGAGUAUAGCCAGUAGGGGUGUGCAAAUGUUCAUUUUAAAUUUGUUUUUCAGAUCAAAGUCAUUAGAUUCGUACAUACAAAUCGAUAUUAGAAACAUGCAUGAAAGGUGGUGGUGGUGGUGGGAAUUUAAGAAAUGAAAAACUCACCAAUCAUUUUUGUUAAGAUUCUCUAACAUUCAGAUGCCUCCCAAGGUCAGUUUAAUUUUCAGUAUAAGCGUUAAGCGACUUUGGUAAAGCCAAGAGAAAAUAAAGUGUUUUAAAAUCCAA